AGAACAUUUCUCUCAGUCGAUUGGAGUGGCUUUUCGCGAUCAGUUCAAUCAUCUUUUUGUUGUGCGGGAAGAAGUGAUCUUGCAUCGCGAUCGUGGAUCUCUAUCAGACGAUCGCGGAUCUAGAAACUGCGGGAUUCCAACGGUGAUUAUGCAAAAUGAAAAUUGUGACGGUGAAUAAUUGGUGUGUCCUUGGAUUACUCCUCAUAACUUCCGGAAGUCCGGCAUUGAGCCAGAGAAGUUCAUCACGAUCAAAUUCCCGUGAUCGUGUCCUUAGUGAUUCACCCAGUUCCAGCUCAGGAUCUUCAACUCAUGAAUCCGUUAGUUCUGGAGACUCCAUUCUGGCGAGACUGUAUGAUCGUCUAGCUACAAUUGUGACUCUCGAUGAGCAACUUCUUAAGCGUCUGGAAGCACUCGAGUACAAAAUAACACGCAUAGAAGUGUCCAAUCAAGAGCGAUAUGACGCCAUCAGAGCUGAAGUCCGGGAAUUAUCACGACGAUAUCAGAAUGUCGAUUGGAUUCUCACCAAAACGGAAGGAUCUAUUGAGGAGCUGAAGAAUGAAUGGGAUGCUGUUAAGGGUCAAUGGUACCAUGUAACUGGUAAAAAUGGCCUUGUGACAUCCGGUGAAUUCUCGGAUAGACUCAAUGCUCUGGCCACUCUCCUCACGUCCACACGAUUGGCUGUACUUCGAAUAGAGAAGGAGCUAAUCUCCUCGGGACAGAAUAUUACUCAGCUUCAAUCCAGUCUCAGGGAAGUCUCCUUGAGUCAGAGGAAUAUUCCAACAAAGAGUUUCCUCAAUAAUGCUCUACUUGGCAUUAAGAAUCAACCCGUGUAUGCAAUGAUGCAUCCAAAUGCAGCCCGUGGCAAUGGAGAGGGUUCUUGUGAGAUUUCUGUCCUACCUUCGAGUUGCAAGGAAGCACAAAAGAGAUCGGGAAUAAUCAAAGUGGAACCAAGUGGACACAUUCGAAGUCCUUUUUAUGUCAAUUGCCUCGAGGGAUGGACUGUGAUUCAGCACAGGGAUGACGGAGGAGUUAAUUUCUAUCGAACAUGGUCGGAAUAUAAGCACGGUUUUGGCAAUAUCGACGGUGAAUUUUGGAUUGGACUUGAUAAAUUGCACGAAAUAACAUCUUCUCGGAUCCACGAAUUGCUUAUUCAUUUGGAAGACUUUGAAGGUGAGACAAAGAUUGCCAAGUACGAUUCCUUCGCGAUUGGCGGUGAGAAGGAGAACUAUGCCCUGAUUCUCCUGGGAAAGUAUUCUGGUGAUGCUGGAGACUCCCUUUCCUACCAUGCUGGUCAGAAGUUCUCGGCCCUGGAUCUGGACAAUGAUUCAUGGGUGGAGGGAAACUGUGCUCAAGCCCACACCGGAGGAUGGUGGUACAAUGCUUGUGAUACGAGUAACCUCAAUGGUCGGUAUUUGGGUGGUGAGGUACCAGAUGAACUGCGCUACCAGGGCAUCUACUGGAAUGAGUUCAAGGGAGCCAAUUAUUCCCUCAAGAAGGUCCGAAUGAUGAUCCGACCAGUUGAUUAACCUUCGCUGAGGUUCCAGUGCCCAUGUGUUCCUGUCACCUUCUCCCGCAGCAAAAGUCUCCCUUCCUUGGCCACAAACUCUUAUGUAUAAAAGUUGCUUUUGUAUCAAGUGAAAAUAAAUCACCUUUACCUUGUUGAGAGUCUUUUUCCCCAA